AUGUCAGUGGGGGGGAGGAGUGCUGACGGGAGGGAAGUGCAGAUCCCCCUCCAGCAGGUGGCGCCCUCCCUGACCACGCCCCUCUCCGUGGUCCCGCCCCCGCACCGCCCAGCCAAUCCCUGGCCUCCUGGUGACCCCACCCCCUCACCAGGGGUCCCUGCUGGGUUCCUCCCUGUCCUAGGGGGGUUCAGAGACCACUUCGUGGACCCCCCAGAGUCUAAGUACUGCUGCGAGGCCUGCAGGCUGGUCCUGUGUCAGCCGCGCCAGACCGAGUGUGGACAUCGCUUCUGCCAGAGCUGCAUCAACGAAAUCCUCAGUCGUCCCAGCGUGGUCUGUCCCGCCGACAUGGAGCCUCUGUUCAAAGACAAGAUCUUUAAGGACGUGUGCUGCCAUCGGGAGAUCAUGGCGCUCAAGGUUUACUGUCGCAGCGAAGCCAACGGUUGCCAGGAGACCAUGAGUCUGCAGCAGAUACCGGAGCACCUGAAUGUGUGUGCGUUCUACGAGGUUCCCUGUCCUCUGGGGAAAUGUAAAGAGCGAAUGAUGAGGAAGGAUAUUCCCGACCACCUGAGCUGGAAGUGUAAACACCGAGAGAGCAGCUGCGACUUCUGCAAGACCAAGAUGCCUCUGACCGAGCUGCAGAAACACAAAGAGACGGUGUGUCCGGCGUUCCCGGUGUCGUGUCCCAACCUCUGCUCCUUCUCCUCGCUCCCCCGCAGCGAGCUGUCCAAUCACCAGCACGACUGUCCCAAAGCUCAGGUGUGCUGUCAGUUCCACCGCUAUGGCUGCACCUUCAAGGGGUUGAACCAGGAUCUGAGGACACAUGAGUCGACGUCUGCAGCUGAACACCUGAGGAUGAUGGCCAAUAGGAACUCCUCGUUAGAGAACAAGGUGGAGGACCUUAAAGGGGAGCUGUUGGAGAGGUAUAAAGUGCUGCCAGCUCUCAGCAGCCGUCUGUCUGAUCUGGAGAAACAGAACGACGAGCUGAGAGAGAAGAACCGGCAGAUGGAGCAGAAACUGGCCACCAUGCAGAAGGUGAUGAGCUCCCACUCUGAGAAGCUUCUAGAAACAGAGCUGGAGCUGCGUUCUCUGCGAGGUCUCCGAGACGACGUGGAGACUCUGAGAGGAACGCUGGACGCCGUCAGGACCAGACUCACCGCCCUGGAGGGGGGGGGCCGCAGCGGGACGGGGGCCACCACACACACUCUGGCGUCCCUGGAGACCCAGCUGAAUCGCCACGACGACAUGCUGAGCGUGCACGAGAUCCGAUUGGCCGACAUGGACCUGCGUUUCCAGGUGCUGGAGACGGCGAGCUACAACGGCACGCUGAUCUGGAAGAUCCGUGACUACCAGCGCAGGAAACAGGAAGCGGUCGCGGCCAAGACCCUAUCCCUGUACUCGCAGCCCUUCUACACCGGCUACUUCGGCUACAGGAUGUGUGCCCGGGUCUACCUGAACGGGGACGGCAUGGGCAAGGGCACGCACCUGUCGCUCUUCUUCGUGGUCAUGAGGGGCGAGUACGACGCCCUGCUGCCCUGGCCCUUCAAACAGAAGGUGACCCUGAUGCUGAUGGACCAGGGUCCGACCAGGAAACAUCUGGGUGAUGCGUUCAAGCCUGACCCGAACAGUAGUAGUUUUCGGCGCCCGGUGGCCGAGAUGAACAUCGCGUCCGGAUGUCCUCUGUUCGUCUCAGAGCGUCCUGGAGACAGGAAGUUACAUCAGAGACGACACCAUCUUCAUCAAGGUACUUCCCCCAAAUAAAUGCCUGAAGAAGACCCAGUUGGGUCGAAACGUUGCA